AUGUUCUCGUGUGACAUUCAGCAAGCCACGAAAAUCCCCGUAGUGACUUUUCAGCCCUGGUGGGUGUCGCGUCCACUUCCACGAGGACUAAGGAGCGUCGCUUAUAAGAGACCACUUCCCCCGCCACGCGACCAUGUCCACAUUCUUCGAACUUCCACAUCUAAUCACCUCAGAGCUGAGGUGGUAUUCUCGCUACACCCUCUGCUAGCCAAACCCAUGUCUACUAAGAUACCCCGACCGCCCGGCAUUCCCAUCUUAGGGAACGUGUUUGACGUCAAUCCCAAUGAGACAUGGAACUCGCUGAUCAAACUCGCCAAGGAGUACGGCCCGAUCUUCAAGAUUAAAGCACUGGGCAAGCAAAUCGUCUUCAUCGGCAAUGUAGAGCUCCUCGAAGAGAUUUGCGAUCAGCAACGAUUCAGAAAAUGCGUCACGGGUCCUAUUGUCGAGAUGCGCCAGUGCGCAAAUGACUGUCUGUUCACUGCGUACGACGACGAAAAGAGCUGGGGUAUUGCGCAUCGGAUCAUGAUACCCUUUGUCACAGAGUCCGGCACGGAUGCUUAUUUCGACGACAUGGCGACUACGAUCUCGAGCUUGACCCGCAAAUGGACCACGACAGUCAAGCAGCCAGUAUUGAUCACGGAUGACCUCGAUCGUCUGCUGAUGGCCUCUUGCAUGCAGUGUUUCUUCAACCAGCGGGUUGAAGUCCUCCAGGGCCCCGAUCCUGCCAUCAUCCCUGCUCUGGAGCGAAUCACGCUGGAAGCAAUAAAACGGCCUACACGUCCGAAUCUCCUCAAUCGGCUGUUAUAUCAACGUGGCUUUGAGAAUGAUAUCAAGGCUAUGCGUGAUUUUGCAAGUGGGAUCAUCCAGCGACGCAAGAAUACGCCGGAAGAAUCUCGUCAAGACCUGCUGGACGCAAUACUUAACGGGACGGAUCCGGAGACCGGGGAGAAACUCAACGAUACACGGGCCGUGGACGAGGUUGUCACCAUGUUCAUUGGUGCUGCCACCAGCUCUAACCUCGUCUCGUACGCGCUGUACUAUCUACUAGAGAAUCCCGACAAGCGGACGAAAGCAUACGCGGAGGUUGACUCAAUCAUCGGCUCCGAUCAGACGAUCCGACUCGAAAGGCUCAAGGAGCUAAAAUACUGCGAAGCCAUCAUCCUAGAAUCGUUACGGCUAUCAGCUGUCGCACCAGGCUUCAACAUCGAGCCCAUUCCCACAGAAGACAAGAGCCCCGUUCUCCUUGCAGGAGGCAAAUACGAGAUCCCACAUGACCAAACGAUGAUCACCAUCUUGCAUUCAGUCAACCGCGACCCCGCCGUCUUCGAAGACCCAGAAACCUUCAACCCGGAACGCAUGCUCGGUGAAAAAUGGGAAAAUCUCCCCAGCGGAGCGAAGAAAGGCUUUGGUAAUGGCAAACGCCAGUGCUAUGGCAAGAAGUGGGCGUGGCGCUGGUCGGUUUUGACGCUUGCGAGUAUUUUGAAGGAUGUUUCGUUCGAGUUUCAGGACCCGGGUUACAAACUUGCUUCGAAUGGGGCGUUUAGUGUCAAGCCGUUGAAUUUCCAUGGUCUUGUUAGUCCGCGGACUAAGUGA